UCAUUUGUUGCGCAUAGAAAAUUUAAGGAAAGACAUUUUUAAAGGAUAUAGUUCCGGCAGGCAAGAUGGAGCCUGUAAAGCGUAUGGAGUCAAAAUCAUCACUGCAAUGGAAACGUGCAGCGUUGAUGGCCAAAACCAUUACGGCUUUCAAAGAAACAAUUGAUGUGGACAGCGAUGAGGAUGUCGAUACUAAACAACAAAUUAAAUAUGGUAAACCUUCACAGGCUGCUUGGGCUAUAUUUUCGGAAUAUUGUGACAAUAGUACUAUACAUGGUAUUAAGUAUUUGGGUGAACAAAAACGUCCUUGUUUGGAAAGAUUAUUUUGGAUUAUGGUAUUUGUAUUUUCGAUUUAUCUUUGUGCUUCGCUAACCAUGAACAUUUGGUGGAAAUGGAAUAAUAAUCCAGUUAUUGUAAGUUUUGCCGAAAAAUCCACACCCGUUUGGCAAAUACCUUUUCCAGCGGUUACAGUCUGUACGGAAACCAAAUCACGUCAAAGAUUUUUUAAUUUUACCGAAAUGUAUUGGAGAUCAAAGGAUUUGGAAAAUAAUGAACCGGUGGAGCCCUUAACAGAAGAAGAAAAAAAUCGCUUAGACGCCGCUUUUCUUGUAUGCGAGGCACAUUUAUCCAGUGAACAAACAGGUUUCAAUCAAACUAAUGGCUCAGAACUUAUUGAUAUAUUAGGCACUAUAAUGCCUCAAUUUGGUACAACAUUUGAACAGUGUCGAUGGCGUAAUGUCAACCAAACAUGUGAUCAAUUAUUUUACAAAUAUCUAACAGAUGAUGGAAUAUGUUAUAGUUUUAAUACCUUAAGUUCCGAAGAAGUCUUUAGGUCGGAGAGUUUAAUAGACGACUUCAAAUUCGAAACGGAGAAACGUAAUCGUACAGAUUGGAAUGUUGAAUUGGGUUAUAAAGACAAUGCUGAGCCAGAAACCUAUCCGCAUCGGGUGUUGGGACCGGGUGCUAAGGCGGGUUUAGAUUUAGUCUUACGAGGUAUAGCAGAGGAUUUUGAUAAUUUGUGCCGUGGUCCCGUGCAAGGAUUUAAGAUUCUAUUAACUACACCCGGUGAAAUGGCUCAAGCUUCAAGGCAAUAUUUUCGCAUACCCUUUGGUCAGGAGGUAUUAAUUGCUAUUAAACCAAAAAUUAUUACCACAUCGGAUGGUUUACAACAUUAUGAGCCUAGUAGACGUCAAUGUUAUUUCCAAAACGAACGUUAUUUAAGCUAUUUUCAGAAUUAUACCCAAAAUAAUUGUGAAUUGGAAUGUUUGUCGAAUUUCACCAUGCAUACGUGUGGUUGUGUGAAAUUUUCAAUGCCUAGAACUGAAGACAUACCCGUCUGUGGAUCAGGUAAAAUCAAUUGUAUGAAUGAAGCUGAAGAUCAACUAUCGAUGCGAGAAUUUGAACAGGGUAUUGCAACGUCAGGAGAAAAUUAUCGUGGACCCACCAGUUGUAAUUGUCUGCCCUCGUGUACGUCAAUAGCAUAUGAAGCUGAAAUAUCUCAAGCCGACUAUGAUCAUCAACUGUCCAUGAAAAAUAGGGAUGCUGAAUCCAAUUUGAAUGAUGCAGAUGCAGGAGAACCUAAACGUUCUCGCCUAUCGAUAUUCUUUAAAGAAGCCCAAUUCUUAACCUCUAAACGUUCAGAACUCUAUGGUACCACCGAUUUUCUAGCCAAUUGUGGUGGUCUUUUGGGUCUUUUUAUGGGUGUGUCCACUUUAAGUAUUGUGGAGAUAAUCUAUUUUUGUACAGUGCGUUUAAUUACCAAUUUGAAAAUGCGUCGUAAGAAACGUAAAGAAAUGAAAACUUUGGAAAAUGGUGAUGAUAAAAAAGCUUAAAGAAAUGUAUUUGUUUUUUUUUUUUUUGUUAUUUAAAUUGAAGAAUUUGUAUAUGUACGUUUAAAGAAAAUGCCUUAUAUAGUUGUUUUUGUUAAUUUUUAAGCCAAUAAAAUG